GUCGGCAAUCAAGAACCUGCAGCUGCAGAUUAGCAAGCUCGACCAAGAACGGCAGCGGCAGCAGGAGCUGUUGUACGCUGUCGACUUCCAGUCGCAGCUCAUGCAGCGCAAGGUCGCUCGGGUGUCCGGGGAGCGGACGAUCGAAGAGAAGGAGGAAUUCAAUCGCAAGGUCGAGCAACUCGACAAGCAGCUGGAGGAGCAGAAGUCCCUCCACACCAUCCUCUCAGCGCAGAUCAAACGCCAGGACUGCCAAGCCGUGGGACCCUGGGGAGCUCCGGAUCGAAGGUACAGCCAGGGCCAGACACAGAGCGCUCCCAAGCCUCUUGGCUCCGGUACCCAGCGGCCCAAGAGUGGAGAAGAGAAGCCGGGAAAGAAAGAGCCGGAGAAGGUUUCGGCCUGUGUGAAGGUCGGGCCUGUUUGGAUCACCAUCGGCCUGCGCAUCGAAGCCGAGCUGGCCGCGAUGAAGAGAUUCGUGGAGGACGUUUCUAGCAAUCUGGAGAACACAGCACAGCCAGGCUUCAACAAGCCGGCACAAAGAAAGCCAAAGCCUUCGGAAGCGCGGCGGCCCUCACUCCCCUUCGAACCUGCUGCACGCACCAAAGGACUUGGAGGAGUAGACUUGGCCGUGGCGCCGGCACCGGGCAAACCGAAGCUGCCUGAAAGCAGGAGUGCCGUGCUGCUUCACUACGACAAAGCUUCAGGCCUGCUGUUUCAGAUGCCGUCUUCCCAUGACGGUGACAUGGCCUUCACUGCCACAGAGAGCCAUGGCCGCCAUGGCAAUAGCGAUAGCGCAACCUGGUCCAGCAGACUAGUUGCCUUUAGCCUGGACCCCGUGGAUCCGAAGCGCUGGCAGGAGCGCGGCGACUCUGUUGACGGCCUCUUUCAGCGGAAAUGGUACUCCGACACAACCUUGCGGGAAAUGCCCCUGGGUUACUGGAUGUGGCGGGCGGACUGGAAGCUGAAGCAGCUUUCUCAAGGUAUGUUCUAUGAUGAUGCCACUGGCCACAGGCGUGCUCUGAGGCGUGGAGAAGACGUUCCGGCCGACUUUCCCGAGGUGUCGCUGCUUGGGGCCGGCCAAGGCGAUGCAGGCUGCGCCCGGCUCUGGAUCGUGUGCCGCAGCAUGGUCACACGACCGGUGGGUCGGAGCGCGCUCCUGAUCUGCCCCGAGGAUGUGCAGAUGGCCUGUGAAGUGCGGGCCCAGUCCUUCAAUGCCAAAACGAACAGCUUCGAGGAUGCGAAAGAUGCGCAGCCUCACACCUCAGCUGCACGCGUGGCCGAGUAUCUGAGCCGGAACUACGAUGCAGUCUGCCGCUUUGUGCCAGAGCUUCUUCACUGCAAGCGCAUGGCAGCCUUACUUGCAGUGGCGAACUGGCUGCUGGAGAACCACAUCGGAUCCAAAGAGCUUGCGACAAGGCACUGCAUCCCGCAGUUCUCUGUGCCAAAGGAUUUUCCGGACGAGAAUGUGCCUGCCCUCCGUGCAGUACAUGAGACCGGGCUUCGGGAAGAGACUGUCUUCAACAAGCUGGACAAGGAGCUGGAUGCCCUUGUGGCCGAGGUGCAGGCAAUCCGGAAAGAGAAACAUUUACACGUGGAGGAGUCUCGAAUGAAGGCAGAGAGGCAGAAAGACGCAAUAGAGGCCACUCGCAAGACCCUCGACCAGUCCAGCAGCACAUCUGUGGCAUCCUACAACUCUGAAGUAGCGAGAUACAACCAGCUACUCGAGAAGCACAAAGCCUUAGUGGAGUCUUACAACACUUAUGUGACCUCUGCACAGCAGAAGCUGGACAUGGCUACGAAGAAGCGGAAUGCGGCUGCUGUCGACUGCAACGCUGUCCGCACCACUUGCAUUCUAGUUGGUGGGGUGGACCUGCAGGUGGGGGGAAAGGUCGAGGAGAAGCCAGUGGCAGAGAAGUCAGACUCCUUGGACAGGCAGGUGCGCUCUUGGGCCCAGGAGCUGAAGCAAAAUGCCCACGUGUCGUCUCUCCUUGCCGGCCGGCGACCCCCAGACCGGCCAAGAUCUUUGCCCGACGAGGUUCGAGAAGAGAGGAAAGCCGCCUUCAACGUCUUUCCCAUCGCGGCGGGUGCCGCCUGA